AGUCCGUUCCCCCUCCUCUCCCAGCAGCUCCGCAGGUUCAAACUCUUCUCCCGGAGAGUGGCGGCGAUCGCGCGGUCACGUGAUGAGCAUCCUGCUGCCCAACAUGGCGGAGUUCGACACCAUCUCGGAAUUGGAGGAAGAAGAAGAGGCAGCAACAUCGUCCUCGUCUCCGUCGUCGUCGUCGUCGUCGUCGUCGUCCGUAUCUGGGCCCGAUGAGGACGAGGAAGAUGAGGAGGAGGAAGACGAGGAGGAGGAAGACGAGGAAGACGAGGAAGAAGAAGAGGAGGAGGAGGUGCCGCCCCCGCCUCGGGUAGUGAGCGAGGAGAAUCUGCGGAGAUAUGCCCCAGACCCUGUGUUGGUGCGCGGCGCCGGCCACAUCACUGUGUUUGGAUUGAGCAACAAGUUUGAUACAGAAUUUCCGUCAGUUCUGACAGGGAAGGUGGCUCCAGAAGAAUUUAAGACCAGCAUUGGCCGCGUGAACUCAUGCUUGAAAAAGGCUCUCCCUGUCAAUGUGAAGUGGCUGCUAUGUGGAUGUCUCUGCUGCUGCUGUACCCUGGGGUGCAGCCUGUGGCCUGUUAUUUGUCUCAACAAAAGAACCAGAAGAUCGAUUCAGAAGUUACUAGAAUGGGAGAAUAACAGAUUAUACCACAAGCUGGCUCUGCACUGGAAGUUGACUAAAAGGAAAUGUGAAACUAGCAAUAUGAUGGAGUAUGUAAUACUAAUAGAAUUCUUACCAAAAUACCCCAUAUUCCGGCCCGACUGAGGAGUUUCAUUCAGUCACUUCUGUGUUAUCUGUCAUUUCCUACCCUUAGUGCCUUGUAGAUGAUCUUGGAAUGGAGACAGUCUCCUUCGCUGUGUUCAAUUUAUUCUUUACAACAGUAGACUAUUCUUCUCACUCUUUUAUUUGUGUUAAUUUAAGAAAAUUUGCACAUCCUUUUUGUUAUUAAAUGAGGCUUGUGUUUUGCACUCUCGAUUUUUAAAUGCAAACAUAUAUCCGUAUUUACCGUUGACACUAAAAGACAUCAGUGCUGGUGUUUAAAGAAACAAAACAAAAACCUUGUUCUGAGCAUGCUGCCUUAUGAUUUUCAUACUCACUGUUUCUAAAUAUGCAUCAUUUUUCUAGGCUAUUUAAUGCUCUGUAAUCCCUUACUGAACACACCCAAAUAAGCUUUUGGUAGCUUUUAGAAAUGGUUUUACUCUGCUCUUAAAGAACAUGCGAUUAAUAGCACUGGUUUCCUCCUGCACUUUGCUAAACUGUCACUUAUGUUAGUGGAUAAAAUAUUUAAAUUCCUAAAGACUUGUAAAUAUUGUCUCUUUGCAUAAUGUAAAAUGUGGUAUGCCAUGGUUUACAGAAUGUAUUAUUAUUAUCAAUGUAUUGCCAACAAUUCCACAUAGAUUUUAAUAUGAAUGACGUUUGCAAGCAUCCUUUUGAAUGUAGAGACCUUUAACAUGCUGUUUUGUGGCAAAGCCAAAAUGAGUAUGUUAAAUUUCAGGUGUGGGGCAGUGUGCCCUUCCUAAUAAGUGGAUUAAAAUUGAAAUCAUUACUUCAGAUCUUGGGCAUUGCACCUGAGACCAAGAAUUUUUUUUCCAUUUAAUUCACUGUUCCUUUUAUCCUCCCCAUCUUAUAGCCUCACUAGUUCUCAUUUCCUUUCCCCUGUGUAUCCUUUCCCUCCUUUGAAAAUACACAAAAUUUUGGUCUUUAAAAGUCUUGAGAGCUGGGCACAUGUUGUUAAUCCCAGCACUCAGAAGGCAGAGGCCAGGGAUCUCGUUGAGUUUGAGGCUAGCCUAGUCUACAGUAUGGGUCUAGGACAGCCAGGGCUACACAGAGAGACCCUGUCUUAAAAACAAAGUGUCUUGAGAUUUUUGCCUCUCAUGUGAGUUAUCGAGGCCUCCAUGAAAGCCAUGGCUUAUCCUCCUCUGAAGUUCCUGUAUUCUACAUUGAGAAAGAGCACAGAGAAACUCUUACCUACAUAGUAAGCUAGUCAGUUGAGAAAACAGCCUUAGCCUUCUGAUUGAAGAUCUUUUUUAAACAUUUAUAAAUUAUUGAGGAAAGACAAGUAAAAUUUAGAUAAAAUUGGUUUUGUUUGUAAAUUGGCCACAUGUUUUGAUUGAUACAUGCAUCUUUCUGGGGUUUUUUUUCCAUAAUUAAAUUGAGUUUCAUUACUACAUUGGUUCUACUAUAAUUUGAAAUUAUAAUAUAACAAAUGUUUUAUAACAUUAAUUCAACUGCAAGUGAAUGCCUGUAUAUGGGCAGUGACUGACAUACAUUCUCUCUGUCCUUCUACUCUUAGCUGCUUUUAAGUAAGCUCAUCUCAGUGAACAGAGCAAAUCUCAUCAAGGUCGAGCCUUUUUAAGGCACUUUUAAGACUUAUGCCUAAUCUGAAAUCCUUAGUCCUUGAUGGAAAGAGGAAGGACAUCCUGUUUGAUAAAGUGGUUCUAAUGGUUUGCACAAAACCUUUUUGAGCCACCAGAUCUCUAAGUUCUAAUAUAUUAUGUAUGCCUGCAAAUAUGUCUGCCUGCUGCAAAACUGAAGGUGUAUUUUUAUAGAUAAGAAGGAAGCCUUUGAAAAUGCAUACCUAAUGUCUUGUUUUAUAGCUAAGGUCAGGGAAAAACAUAUCUAUGUCUUAUGUUCCAGCUAAUGUCAUCAAAUUUAUGCUUCAUACUGUGAUGUUUUAAUACCAAAAUUGAUUUCCAUCAUAAUAUAGAAUUUUUCAUUCUCACUGGUAAAAUAAUUACUUGUGAAUGUCAGCCCUCAGUAAUCUUACAUUUUGUCUGUAGCCUUAGAAUUUCACCAAAUCGUAAUCAUAGGAACUUUUUCUGCCAUGUACAAAUCACACUUCAUUUUGUUCAAAAAGAAAUCAAGAAGUGUAAUGAAUUGUUUCCAUGAAACAAAUAUCAAGACAGGAAUAGAUUGUAUCUGGAAGUGACCAAGUAUAAUUCAAGUUAUAAUAGUAUUUGUGAUUUAAAAUAUUUACCAUAAUAUGUCAAAUCAAUUUGAACUACUCAUAACUGUGUUAUUUUAUUGUUCAGUAUACUGAUUGAUAGAUCAUAGUUUCUUGAAAUACCAGAAAACAGUCCAUUUUCUUGUUUCCUUUCUUUCUUAUGUGACUGUAGUUUGAGUGGGGAAGAAGUUCCUUUUCAUUGAAAUUAGCCACAGCAAGUACUACGCUGACAGAGUACACUGUGGUCACUAAUCCCUCCCCGAUCAAACUUUUUUUCUUUUAACCUCAGGAUAGAAUGUAACUUGUAUUUUUCUAUUGGGUUAGCCAGGUAUUUUGUGAAAGUUAUUUUUGACUGAAAAAGAGAAUAAUUUUGUUGAUAUACAAUAAUCAUUUAUUACCAUGGUAGUUUCCAAAGGAAAAAAAGUUUAAAAAAAAAAAAAAAAACAUGUUUUAGGCAAAGCUUCUAAAUCUCAGUAGGCUUUGAGAUUUCGAGUUAAAGCCUGGCAUGGUGGUUUACACCUCUAAUCCCAGCAUUUUGGGGGCUAAGGUAAGAGAAUUGCUGUGAAUUUGAAGCCAGCCUGGGCUACAUGAGUUCAAAACCAGCUUGGGCUACAGGCUGUCUCAAGAAAAAAAGAAAAGAAAAGAAAGAAAAUUAGUGGCUGUUAUUUCUCAUUCGAUCCAAGAUUCUGGUUUAAUACAUUGAUCCAACUGGUCAUUUUAAAGUUUGUCUAAAAGGCCAGUAACAUCUAUAUUAUUAAUAAAAAAAUAAGGGCAAAUGUCACAUGCCCUUAUCUCAGUCAUGUCCUCUACUCGGCUCCCAUUUUACCCCAUGUUAAUUUAGGAAAGAGAUUAUUGUAACUUUAGAAAUAGAUGGGAAAGUGCCUUGUCUUUUUCAAAGAUAAUGUGGUAUGUAGAAGGAAGCAGAAUAAAUGAAUUAAUAAUGAUUAGAAAUCAUUCAUUUUAACUAGGCAUGAUAGCACUAGGUUAUUAUAUUUCUCUUACUUAAAUCCAUUUAUUUAUCUUUUAAUCAUGUGGUAUAUUAGUGAGAAAAUAUCACAGAAUAGAACUAUUAGUCACUUAAAAUUAGUGUGAUUUUAAUGCUAAUAAGCAUAGAAUUUAACAUGGUUCUGGAAGGACAAUGGUCUUUGAUCAAAGACCUACCAAAACUCGCUUAAGAAUUAAAUGUCCAUAUUUCUUAUAUCAACAUGACCUGUAAACACCAAUAUCUCAGAAAUGAGCUGUAUUUGUGGCCAGCAUUGCCAUUUUAAUGAGAGUUGUUGUUGCCUUUAUAACGUUAGGAGAGCUCAAUAGCAUUUGUAAGCCUAACAACAAUUAGGUAUUUUCAAAUGUAUGAGACCUUUACAAAUCAUUAGCACUUUUAUUUUUGCUUACAGAUAAGCUGCCCCUUAAACCAUUACUUGAACAUGAAGACCACAGACAAUAUUUCGUUUGAAUUUACUGUAUGUCCUAGGCAAAUACAGAAUUUAUACUCAUCUGAUUAAUUGGAAUAGCUUUCACACAGUGGAAAUACUUUUUCCUAAAUUGAGUGGAAGUAUUUAAUUCAUUGAAAUUAAGUCCAAUUAUGCCUAUAGAAGUCUGCUUCUUAAAAAAAAAAAGGUCUAUUUUACAACUAUCAAAUCACCCUUGAGUGGUGAACUGUUGGGAAAUUUUUCGUGGUAAAGAAUAAGUUUAUUAAUACUUGUUCAUAUACUUUGUGAGCUAAAAAUAAUUGAAGGAUAUCUCUAAGUAUAUCCUUCCAUGUGUGAGUGUGUAUGUGUAUAUAUAUGUAUAUAUAUAUAUAUAUAUAUAUCUAUGUAAUUCUUAUCUUGCUCCAGCUUUUCCUCUCACCUGAUUCUGAGCCAGCCUUUUUAUUUUGAUGAUGGCAACCUGAGAAUAUGUUCCAUUUUCUGUGAAUUUUGUCAAAGUCAGACUUAAUGAAGAAACAAUCUAUCUGAUAUUGUAGGCCCCAGGCAAGUGGCCUAAAUUCUGUGUCAGCGUUUUCCUCUGUAAAAGUAGAGGGUUGAGCCUUGAGCUGGACAGGAAAUGAGAGGUUAGCUAACAUUCUGUGGUUCUGAGAAGCCACAGAAGAUCUUUGCAGAGUGUGGGAACGGUUAUUCUCAGAUCUGCACUCGGUGGAAACUCACAGUGCCUUGCACACCGUUUGAGUUCAGUUUGCUGGCUGGCUGCGAGUUGCUGUGUGUUAGUCAAAACACAUGCAAAGAACCCAAUGCCUGGUAGACCUUAUUCCCUCUGUGCUGAUAAAAGUGAAUGUAGUUUCCCUAGGAAGUAAGAGCUGGGAUCUCUUGUUUGCCAUGUGGAAUCCGGACAAUGCAGUUGGUAUCAGGUGUGACAAAUGGUAUCCACUUAGACUGUGUGAAGAGUUGCAAACUCAGUUUCACAUCUGUUUCGGUGUCUCGCCACAUUCCCUACUCACAAAAAGAUCAAUCCAAAUGGACUUAGAAAAUUCAGUGGAAAGGAAAAUGGCAUAGAGUUCAAACCCAAGUCACUUCUAGUUUAAUUCUUAGCUCUGCUGCUUAAUUCCUCUGUACCUCAUGUCCUCAUUGCUGAUGUGGGGACAAUAAUCUGGACCUACCUCACAGGGGAAUUGAGGGUCUUUUUCAUGUGUCCGUGUGCUUAGAAGCUGACUAAAAGAAAUAUCGGAUAGCAUGAUUAUAUAAUUUCUACGUAGAUGUGACUUUCGAUCUGUGUUGUUAUGUUUUCUUUCUCAGUAACAUCCUACAGAGUAAGUGUUACCAUUGACUUAUUUUUUCCAAGUCAUUUUUGUUUCUAAUGCCCUAUUUGUUAACCAUGAGUGAUUGUACUAUAUUAAUACUUGAUUUAGGGAGGAAAGCAGGUGGGUAUAAACCAGUGGCCCUCAGGUUAGAGUAAAUAAAAAUAACAGUGGAAAGUAACCUUGAGUCUUUCUCAAGAAUUAUUAAUUCAAACCAUAACACUAAUGGCCACACACAUUCCUUCUACACCAGCCAAACAAGACAUGGAUUCACCAUGCAUUUUGCUUAUGUUCUUUCCUGUUCUGUCUAUUGCCAUUGCUUACUGACACUGAUUAAAGCUGUGAAUGGAAGUGUGCUUGUAAUUAAUUAAUGGAACUGAGAAAGCUGUCCUUAAGUGUACUUUAAUAUAUACUUGAAAAUGGGGAAGGAAUUUAGAGAUCCAUAUGAUGAAAAUGGUGGGAGCCACUUUGUAAAAGCACUAAGAUUAUUGGCCUCUCAACACAUUGCUUCCUAGUCCCUGAAUGAUAGAGAGAGAGAGAGAGAGAGAGAGAGAGAGAGAGAGAGAGAGAGAGAGAGAAUAUAGAAUUGAGUAGAUUGAGCUAUAAAUACAGAUAUAAUUUGCCUUCAGUUUUGAUUUGUUUCAGGAUUCUGGCACUGAACUGAUUCAGUGGGGUAUGUCCAUAUACACAUACAGGAUCGCAAAUGUGCAGUGUUCUGGUGUCAUGUUCUAGCAUUAGUCUAACUAACAAUUUCUCAGCAUCUGAAAGUAGUUCUGUGUGUAAAGCCUGUAUGAUAAUCAAGGCAAUAAGUUCUCAAAUGGUCCUUUUACUCCUGCUUAUUUGAUUUGCUUUUAUCUUGGCAUAAUUUUCCUGCUUUUCUGUUUGUAUUGUAAGCAAAUAGUUGAAAAUUGUUCUAAUGCCUGGACUUUGGAACAAGUUACAAAUGUUUGAAAUUAUAUAAUCUCCAAGCUAGUUUGCUGUCCUUGGACUAAUUACAUACAAGUAUGAAUCUACUGCAAGGACAUCCAGAUAGCUACAGAGCUGGCAUUGUUCAAAAAACCUGAUUGAAAAUGAAACAACUUCUCCAUUUUUGGCAGAGGAUUCCUGUUGGGACAGCUUUAUCAGAAGAGAAUAAUAGUGGCUAUAUCUGUCAAACCAAGAACUUUCAUGCAUCUUGUAGUGUUAUGUAGCCUGUGGAAUGAAUUCCUCUUCCCCCUUGAGGCCAGGACUGACUCUCCUGGAAGAACUCAACCUAUAUACAGCUGUGCCAAAUGAAGGCUACCUGCCUCUGAGACUCCCACUGCUGCUUCUGUCGUUGUUCACUUGUCAGAUACAAUUUUAUUCUCAGGAUGCAAAUUCCAAUAAAGUACAAAUCUAUGUUACUGA